GCUGAGUUUGUUUCUCAUUCAAAGAGACAGAGGAGCAGGAGGGACGCGCCCGUGGCGAAGGAUCCAGGGUCGUUCAACAGGAGAGAGGGUCCAGGAUCUGUGAAGAAACCUGCCUCACCGGUUCAGAGGGAGCAAGAGUGGCAGCUGCUGAGGAGCCUGGGGGGGACUUUCUCUGGGAUCGUGCUGCUGCAUUCUUCUUUUGAGAAGGGGUAGGGGAGAGGAGCUGGGGCCAUGCACCGCUUACGGACUACAGUGGCAAGGCUUCGGCCUUUAACGGCUGCUCAGACAGCACAGAGACUAUCACAGCCCAGACUGCUGGUGGUUGGAAGGAGUUUAAGGACAUUUCCGCUUGCAAGGUGUUUGAACACAUCUCUGACUGCUGAGCCCUUUCUUAAUGGCACUAGCUCUAACUAUGUGGAGGAGAUGUACUAUGCCUGGCUUGAGAAUCCUAGAAAUGUGCACAAGUCCUGGGAUAUAUUUUUUAGCAACGUUAAUGCGGGGGCUCCACCUGGUGUGGCCUACCAGAGCCCUCCUCCCAUCAGUGGGACUUCUCAGGGACUGCCCAGUGUCCAGGCACUGGUGGGAGCUCAGCCCAAUGUGGAGAAGCUGGUGAAGGAUCAUCUAGCAGUACAAUCACUCAUACGAGCAUACCAGGUACGAGGGCAUCACAUAGCGAAGCUGGACCCCCUGAACAUCGGCUGUGUAGACUUUGACGAUGCCCCAUGUGCCGUUGGUUUCCAGAACGUUGGUUUAUACGGGCUGGCAGACUCCGACCUGGACAAGGUGUUCCGCCUUCCCACCACCACCUUCAUCGGCGGCAACGAGACCAGUCUGCCCCUCAGAGAGAUUAUCCACCGCCUUGAGACGGCCUACUGUCAGCAUAUCGGAGUGGAGUUUAUGUUCAUUAAUGAUGUGGAGCAAUGCAAGUGGAUCCGACAGAAGUUUGAGACACCAGGAAUCAUGCAGUUUGGUCUGGAGGAGAAGAGGACUCUUUUGUUCAGAAUGAUCCGAUCCACCAGAUUUGAGGAGUUUCUCCAGAGGAAGUGGUCUGCGGAGAAGCGGUUCGGUCUGGAAGGCUGCGAAUCCCUCAUCCCUGCCCUCAAGACCAUCAUAGACUGGUCCAGUCAGAGCGGAGUGGAGAGUGUGAUCAUGGGGAUGCCCCACAGAGGUCGGCUGAAUGUGCUCGCUAAUGUCAUCCGGAAAGAGCUGGAUCAAAUCUUCUGCCAAUUUGACUCCAAACUAGAGGCUGCAGAUGAGGGAUCUGGUGAUGUGAAAUAUCAUCUUGGGAUGUAUCACAAACAUAAGAACCGGGUCAGCGACAGGGACAUCUCCAUGUCCCUCAUGGCUAACCCGUCUCACCUGGAAGCAGUGGACCCUGUUGUGCAGGGGAAGACCAAAGCUGAACAGUUCUACUGCGGGGACACUGAGGGCAAGAGGGUGAUGUCAAUCCUGCUUCACGGCGAUGCUGCAUUUUCAGGCCAGGGUAUCGUGUACGAGACGUUCCACCUGUCUGACCUUCCGUCCUACACCACCCACGGCACCAUCCACGUGGUGGUUAACAAUCAGAUUGGCUUCACUACAGACCCCAGGAUGGCACGUUCAUCUCCUUACCCCACAGAUGUAGCGCGGGUCGUAAAUGCUCCCAUUUUCCACGUCAAUGCAGAUGAUCCGGAGGCUGUGAUGUACGUGUGCAAUGUAGCAGCUGAGUGGAGGAACACCUUCCACAAAGAUGUUGUUGUAGACCUGGUGUGUUACAGACGUAACGGCCAUAAUGAGAUGGAUGAGCCCAUGUUCACUCAGCCACUGACGUACAAGCUGAUCAAGAAGCAGAAAGGAGUCCUGCAGAAGUUUUCUGAAAAACUCAUCAAUGAUGGGGUCGUCACAACACAAGAGUAUGAGGAGGAAGUGGCGAGGUACGACAAAAUAUGUGAGGAGGCUUACACUCGCUCCAAAGAUGAAAAGAUCCUUCACAUCAAACAGUGGCUGGACUCACCGUGGCCUGGUUUUUUCACACCGGAGGGUCAACCAAAGAGUAUGAGCUGCCUUUCGACUGGCAUCAGUGAAGAGGAACUCGGCCACAUCGGAAACAUCGCUGCCUCUGUCCCAAUGGAAGAUUUCACCGUUCAUGGAGGUCUGAGUCGUAUCCUAAAGGGCCGUGCAAACAUGGUGAGUCAGCGAGUGUGUGACUGGGCUCUGGGCGAGUAUAUGGCCUUCGGCUCCCUGCUCAAAGAAGGGAUCCACGUACGUCUCAGUGGGCAGGAUGUGGAGAGGGGCACAUUCAGCCAUCGACACCAUGUUCUUCACGACCAGAACGUUGACAAGAAGAUCUGCAUCCCCAUGAACUACAUCUCCCCUGAUCAAGCUCCUUACACUGUCUGCAACAGUUCUCUAUCUGAAUAUGGAGUACUGGGUUUUGAAUUGGGCUUUGCCAUGGCCAGUCCCAACGCCCUGGUCCUGUGGGAGGCCCAGUUUGGAGAUUUUAACAACACAGCUCAGUGCAUCAUCGACCAGUUUAUCAGCUCAGGUCAGGCCAAGUGGGUCAGACACAACGGCAUUGUGAUGCUGCUACCCCACGGCAUGGAGGGAAUGGGCCCAGAGCACUCGUCUGCCCGUCCCGAAAGGUUUCUGCAGAUGUGCAACGAUGACCCUGAUGUUUUCCCUAAACUGUCAGAGGACUUUUCGGUGCGUCAGCUCUACGACUGUAACUGGAUCAUUGUCAACUGCUCAACUCCUGCAAACCUCUUCCACGUCCUCCGCAGACAGAUCCUGCUGCCCUUCAGGAAACCUCUGACUGUGUUCACACCCAAGUCGUUGCUGCGCCACCCAGAGGCGAGGUCCAGCUUCGAUGACAUGCUGCUGGGCACCCACUUCAAGCGUAUAAUCCCAGAUGUCGGGCCUGCAGCUGCCAGCCCAGAGAAGGUGAAGAGAGUAAUCUUCUGCAGUGGAAAGAUUUACUACGAGCUGACACGGGAACGCAAGAACCGAGGCAUGGACGAUGAUGUAGUAGUUGUCCGCAUCGAACAGCUCUCACCGUUCCCCUUCGAUCUGGUGAAAGCAGAGACUGACCGCUACGCAAAGGCUGAUCUCGUUUGGUGUCAGGAAGAGCACAAGAACCAGGGUUACUAUUACUACGUCAAUCCUCGCCUCAGUACCACCAUCAACCACACCCGUCCCAUCUGGUAUGCUGGACGUGAUCCUGCUGCAGCUCCAGCUACUGGGAACAAACAAACUCACGUCAUGGAGCUGCAGCGUUUACUGGACACAGCGUUCAAUCUGGAGGCAUUCGCAGGAAAAGUGUAGUGACUGGUCCAGUUCACUCCCUACACUCACCAACAACACACAUCAGACUGUGUGACCCCCCCACACAGACUUUAUUCUCCCUCCUUUGCAUUGAUGGAUUUUUUUCCUCACUCUUCCCAUGUCAGACCUGGUAACAGGUCUAAUCCUUAAACACAACCCACAAUGACCUACUGACUUCAAACACUGUUAAUAUGACAACCUCAUGUUCACAGUGAUGGACACUACUGUUAAGAAACUAUGAGAUAACCUGCAUAACUGAAUGUAUAACUUUAUACAAAAUGAAUUUUCAAGACAAAGAGAUUUAGCUUACGUGUUUGAUUUUUUUACGAUUUUAUUAAUAUAAAAAUAAUUGCUUUGGGACUGUAAGGGGAAAAAUGCUUAUGAAAUGAAGAUUUUUUUUUAAAGGAACAGAGAAAAAAGCUUUCAAUUUCUUUGAAGAGAAGAUGUUUUUAUAUCAGCUGUUCAGGUAAGCUUAGCACAGAGACUGAAACAGGACGGGACAGGAAGUCCAAAGGCAACAAAAUCUGAAAAGCUCACUCACAAGUUAUACCUCAUGUGUUUAAUCUGUUCAAGUGUAAAAAUGUCAGUUUACAGUGUCAUAGGUAUUAAACAUCGAUCUAAAGUGUGCUAUAUUUCCCCAAGCAUCUAACUGGAAUGUCUCUAAACAGUGUGAUGACGACCGCCAUGCAACCCUGCUCUCUGGUGAAAGAAGAAAACAAAAUAUAGACGAUGAGCCGAGACGGCUGAAUAUUGAACUGAAACCGGGAGCCAUUUGUAGGGAACGUGUGUCUGCAUAUUAAUCCUAAAAAUGUGACAACUUGAGCAGUGUCUCCUGUGUGAUCUCAGGAAGGAGGCACCACUGUUUGACUUCUUAUUAAUUCACCUCUUUUCCCAAUUUUUAUUUUAUGCUUCAAUUCUUCCCAUUUCCUAUUUCCAGUUUCCUGACCGUCCCUCCACAUAAAUGUAAACACCUGUCUCUGCCAAAUGUAACCGAAUACUUGCGAGAAUUGAGACUUGAGAAUCCUCAGCUCCUCAGAAUGGAAGGAUGUAUUUAUUUUCAUAAAAUGUACGUUUGAUUGUUUUUAACAAAUAAAGAUUUUUUUUGUGCUUGA